AUGGCGACCGCUCCAAAGAGGCAUACGGCUCUCGACCAAGAUGUCAGAGAGCUCGUUUAUGCCCUCUCCAAUCGUUGUCGAAUAAUAAAAUCCGGUGGCAAUAGCUCUACUGUCGACUACAAUCAAGUCCGUGGAGUUCAAAUUAUUACUCUAGAAGGGAACAACAUGGGGGCGAGCAUGCGUGAGGGUGAGAGCGCCGUUAAUCAGAUGGGAGAAGAAUUUGUGAUGACGACGAGCAUCAAUAGCAACUUUCAAGCCGUCAACAACUCAAUAAUGCUCGCCGGAAGCUAUAAUAGCCAUAUAGCAAUAAUGCCGGCGUGCAUUUGUACAUUGCGGAUUUGA